AUGCUGGUUCUACUGAUAUUCAGCGUUAUGUUUGUGUGUUCUGUUGAUGCUAUCACAAUACGUAACAGGACGUUCGCCAUUCAUACCGAGUUUAGUGACAUCAUGUACGGCGACGGACUAAUCACCAACUACACACUGACCAGUCUAACACUGUGCGGAGUGUACUGUGGUGUACAGAACUGCCUUUCCUUCUCGUACAGUAAUAAGACAGGGAUAUGUCGUACGUACUCCACGUCCUUUCCUCUGUGUGAACCAACUCCAUCGGCGAACCAGAACAGCGGAUCAUCCUUACCUUUCUAUAGGGAGCUCGACUACCAACAACAAUUCUGUCCAUGCAAUUGGGAUCUCAACGAUGGAACCUGGACUGUAAUACAUCAGCGAUUCGAUGGUUCUGUGGACUUUGAAAGGGAUUGGAGUUCUUAUAGAAAUGGAUUUGGCAACAAUCCAAGUGGGGAAUUUUGGAUUGGACUCGAGAAGAUAUACCAACUCGUCAACGGUAAAGAGUAUGUGCUUAUGGUGGAUCUGGUAGACAAAAUGGACAUCAGAAAGUGCUCCUAUUUUGGCACGUUCAAUAUAUCUUCUGAGGCAGACAACUACAGACUGAGAGUUGAUGGUUAUGUUGGUACUGGAGGCGACAGUCUCUCUUUUCAUAAUGGAAUGCAGUUUUCUACGACAGACCGCGACAAUGACGUGAGGUCUCUCGGAAGUUGUGUAGCCGCGUUCAAUGGGCCAGGCUGGCUCAAUGACUGUCUGUCUCAAAAUCUUAACGGAUUAUAUAAUGUACUGACUGGAGCGAAUUCUAUGUGUUGGCGAGCAUUCCGAAAUUUUGAUGGUCUUAAGAAAGCCAAGAUGUUGAUAAAAGAGAAGGGAACUUAA